AUGCAGAGAAACUCGUUGAUUCAUCCAUCCAUCCACCCAUCCAUCCAUCCAUCCACCCAUCCAUCCAUCCACUCACUCAUCCAUCCAUCCACCCAUCCAUCCUCCAUCUGCCCAUCCAUUUACUCAUCCAUUUACCCAUCUACCCGUUCAUCCACUCACCUAUCCAUCCAUCCACUCACCCAUCCAUCCAUCCACUCACUCAUCCAUCCAUCCACCCAUCCAUCCAUCCACUCACCCAUCCAUCCAUCCACUCGCUCAUCCAUCCAUCCACCCAUCCAUCCAUCCACUCACCCAUCCAUCCAUCCACCCGUCCAUCCAUCCACUCACUCAUCCAUCCAUCCACCCAUACAUCCAUCCAUCCACCCAUCCAUCCUCAAUCCGCCCAUCCAUUUACUCAUCCAUUUACCCAUCUACCCGUUCAUCCAUCCAUCCAUUCAUCCACCCAUCCAUCCUCCAUCCGCCCAUCCAUUUACUCAUCCACUUACCCAUCUACCCAUUCAUCCAUCCAUCCAUUCAUCCAUCCAUCCAUCC